ACUUGGGGAUAUUUAUUUGGGAAGUACCCGGACGGCGGAGGCUGGCGGCGACCGUGGCUGCCGCAGACCGUGGUUAAAAAAGGCGGCGGCGGCGGCGAGUGAUGGGAGCGCCGAGGCUCCCGGGCGCGGGCGGGAGCUGCCGAGCUUGCCGGGCCCGGCGGGCGUGCUGAGCAGAAAGGGGGGCGACCGGUGCCCGCGGCGAGCUCCGGAGGCGCGGGCCGGGUUUUUGUUCGGCUGAGCGCGGCGCCAGGCAGCCUAAGUGGACAACUCCAGCUGCAACAACAACCCACCUUCCCGCAGUCGAGCGAGACUUGGGCUGCUGGGUCCGUCCUAUUGUUUGGACAGUUGCCGGGGACUCCGGAGCCCGCAGAGCCCGAGUCCCCGUUCUCUGUCGCCGCCUACCCUCUCCCCCAAACCCCUCCGCCGACAAGGAGGCGAAGAAACCGUCUGGGAGAGGGGAAAGGACUGGAAGGAGUCGGGCGGCUCGGGAUUGCGGCCGCUGAGUCAGGUGCACCGCCAGGAGCGGGGCGGCGUCGCGACGUCUGUGGAGCCCGUCCGCCUUAGGGCACGGGAUCCAAAGCCUGGGAAAAGUUCCUGCACUUUUGAGGAGGAGGACCCACUUGUGGGCGGCUGCCGAGGGGCUGCGCCCGCCCAGGAGGCCUGCUCUUGUUUCUUCCACCUUUGCCAUCAGGUGUCUGCCGCGGAGCUGCGGCGUAUCCGGGAGACCAGAGUGGCUGACACACGCGCGCACACACGACUGCCAUUCAGCUGGCGCCUGGGCUCAGUCCUGGAGUAGCGGAUCCCAGCGGUCUGCCUGCCACCUCGCCUUCCUCCAGGACACCCCGGCAAGACCUGGCGCGCUAACAUUCUCACCUUGGCCUUUCCACUCUUAUCGGUCUGCCUGUCUACAAAUCUUGAGCCAACCGGUCUCCACUCAUCCUCGCAGAAGCUCGCGUCCUCAACUUGGCCUCUUGGAUUUUCUCUGCUGGGGUCGUGACUAGUGGAUAUUCCUGCCGGCUGCGGCGGCCCGACUGCCCUUUUGUCUUUUCUGCUUAACCUCGGGGCAGGCCCUGGUGCGGAGUGUCGCCUAGGACGCCUGGCGGGAGGCGGGAUUGCCGAACCACCUUUGAGCAAAGUGCAUGUGUGUUUGCAAACCGCUCUCGGCUCUUGGGUGCCGGCAAGGACCGGUCGGGGCUGCAGCGAACCAGGGAAAAAGCGCGUGAGCUGCGCCUGGCACUCCGCAGCGCCGCCCCGCGCCGCCGGCGCUGCCCGCUUGCCCCGUGCGCCCCCGCGCGCCAUGCUCAGUCCCCGGGCACGCUCUGCCCCCUGCCCGUUGGGCUCCUGCGCCUUCUAGCUUUGGGGAGCCCACUUCAGUUGGGGCCACCAUUCCUAUUGAGACCCCUCUACUGCCUUGCACCCUCCCCUCUGGAAUCAGAUUUGUAUAGGGAGUGCGCGGGAUCAUAGUACCUAACCCCUCACGUCUCUGCGCAACCGGCCCCUGCAUCUUCGUGGCCAUUGGGAGCCCCAGCUCUUUUACCGCCAGGUCGAUCCUUAGAAGCCAGACGACGCCUGAUCCUCUCUCUGCUCUCGGCGUCUCCUUGCAGCGUUGGACCGGACGAUUAUCUUCAGGACCAAAAGUUGUCCAAGGAGCGGCUUACCCUGCUGGAGAAGAUUGGAGAGAGAGGAGGAGGGCGUGUGUUUGCGGUCGCUCUGCUACCUUGAAUAUUAUUACUGUUACUUCCUCAUUAUUUUUGCACAUUUUCAUUGGUCAUUCUGGACUGCUAGCCCCACGCCGGGCCACGGGGCCUCGAGCACUGCGGGCUUCCUCGGAGCAGCUACCUAAAGAGAAACCCCAGGCGCCGACGAUCAAGGAGGCGGCGGGGGAAAAUGUGUGGCGUUGGCUGGCAGACACUGUCCCUGUCGCUGGGGUUAGUGCUGGCGGUCCUGAACGAGGUGGCGCCACAGGCGUGCCCGGCGCAGUGCUCCUGCUCAGGCAGCACCGUGGACUGUCACGGGCUGGCGUUGCGCAGCGUGCCCAGGAAUAUUCCCCGCAACACAGAGAGGCUGGAUUUGAAUGGAAAUAACAUCACAAGGAUUACUAAAACAGAUUUUGCUGGUCUUAGACAUCUAAGAGUUCUACAGCUUAUGGAGAAUAAGAUUAGCACCAUUGAAAGAGGAGCAUUCCAGGAUCUUAAAGAGCUGGAGAGACUGCGUUUAAACAGAAAUCACCUUCAGCUGUUUCCUGAGUUGCUGUUUCUUGGGACUUCUAAGCUCUACAGGCUCGAUCUCAGUGAAAACCAAAUUCAAGCAAUUCCAAGGAAGGCUUUCCGUGGGGCAGUUGAUAUUAAAAAUCUGCAACUGGAUUAUAACCAGAUCAGCUGUAUUGAAGAUGGAACAUUUAGGGCUCUCCGGGACCUGGAAGUGCUCACUCUCAACAAUAACAACAUUACUAGACUUUCUGUGGCAAGUUUCAACCAUAUGCCUAAACUUAGGACUUUUCGUCUCCAUUCCAACAACUUGUACUGUGACUGCCACCUGGCCUGGCUCUCUGAUUGGCUGCGCCAGAGGCCUCGGGUCGGCCUCUACACCCAGUGUAUGGGCCCAUCCCACCUGAGGGGCCAUAAUGUAGCUGAGGUUCAGAAACGAGAAUUUGUCUGCAGUGGGCACCAGUCCUUCAUGGCUCCGUCUUGCAGCGUUCUGCACUGCCCAGCCGCUUGUACCUGUAGCAACAAUAUCGUAGACUGUCGUGGGAAAAGUCUUACUGAAAUCCCCACAAAUCUGCCAGAGACCAUCACAGAGAUACGUUUGGAACAGAACUCAAUCAAGGUCGUCCCUCCUGGAGCUUUCUCACCAUAUAAAAAGCUCAGAAGAAUCGACCUGAGCAAUAAUCAGAUCUCCGAACUAGCACCAGAUGCUUUCCAAGGACUACGCUCACUGAAUUCACUUGUCCUCUAUGGAAAUAAAAUCACAGAACUCCCAAAAAGCUUAUUUGAAGGACUAUUUUCCUUACAGCUUCUAUUACUGAAUGCCAACAAAAUAAACUGCCUUCGAGUAGAUGCUUUUCAGGAUCUACACAACUUGAACCUCCUCUCCUUAUAUGACAACAAGCUUCAGACUGUGGCCAAGGGGACCUUUGCACCUCUCCGGGCCAUUCAGACUAUGCAUUUGGCUCAGAACCCAUUUAUUUGUGACUGCCAUCUGAAGUGGCUGGCGGAUUACCUCCAUACCAACCCAAUAGAGACGAGUGGUGCCCGCUGCACCAGCCCCCGCCGUCUGGCAAACAAAAGAAUCGGGCAGAUCAAAAGCAAGAAAUUCCGUUGUUCAGCUAAAGAACAGUAUUUCAUUCCAGGUACAGAAGAUUAUCGAUCAAAAUUAAGUGGAGACUGCUUUGCAGAUUUGGCUUGCCCUGAAAAGUGCCGCUGUGAAGGGACCACAGUAGAUUGCUCCAAUCAAAAACUCAACAAAAUCCCAGACCACAUCCCCCAGUACACUGCAGAGCUGCGUCUCAAUAAUAACGAAUUCACAGUGUUGGAAGCCACUGGGAUCUUUAAGAAACUUCCUCAGUUGCGUAAAAUAAACUUUAGCAACAAUAAGAUCACAGACAUCGAAGAGGGAGUGUUUGAAGGCGCAUCUGGGGUAAAUGAAAUACUUCUUACAAGUAAUCGUUUGGAAAAUGUUCAGCAUAAGAUGUUCAAGGGAUUGGAAAGCCUCAAAACUUUGAUGUUGAGAAGUAAUCGCAUAAGCUGUGUAGGGAAUGACAGUUUCAUAGGACUCAGUUCUGUGCGCUUGCUUUCUCUGUAUGAUAAUCAAAUUACUACGAUUGCACCAGGGGCGUUUGAUACACUCCAUUCCUUAUCUACUCUAAACCUGUUGGCCAAUCCUUUUAACUGUAACUGCCACCUGGCAUGGUUGGGAGAGUGGCUUAGGAAGAAAAGAAUUGUAACAGGAAAUCCUCGGUGUCAGAAACCAUACUUCCUAAAAGAAAUCCCCAUCCAGGAUGUUGCCAUUCAAGACUUCACUUGUGAUGAUGGAAAUGAUGAUAAUAGUUGUUCUCCACUCUCUCGCUGCCCUACGGAAUGUACUUGCUUGGAUACAGUAGUCCGAUGUAGCAACAAGGGCUUGAAGGUCCUACCGAAAGGUAUUCCAAGAGAUGUCACUGAGCUGUAUCUGGAUGGGAACCAAUUCACACUGGUUCCCAAGGAACUCUCUAACUACAAACAUCUAACACUUAUAGACUUAAGUAACAACCGAAUAAGCACCCUUUCUAAUCAGAGCUUCAGCAACAUGACCCAGCUCCUCACCUUGAUUCUCAGCUACAACCGCCUCAGAUGUAUUCCUCCCCGAACUUUCGAUGGGUUGAAGUCUCUUCGAUUACUUUCUUUACAUGGAAAUGACAUUUCGGCUGUGCCUGAAGGUGCUUUCAAUGAUCUUUCUGCACUGUCACACCUAGCAAUUGGAGCCAACCCUCUUUACUGUGAUUGUAACAUGCAGUGGUUAUCAGACUGGGUAAAGUCAGAGUAUAAAGAACCAGGAAUUGCUCGCUGUGCUGGUCCUGGAGAAAUGGCAGAUAAAUUAUUGCUCACAACGCCCUCCAAAAAAUUUGCAUGCCAAGGUCCUGUGGAUGUUAAUAUUCUCGCUAAAUGUAAUCCCUGUUUAUCAAAUCCAUGUAAAAAUGAUGGCACCUGCAACAAUGACCCAGUUGACUUCUAUCGAUGCACCUGUCCAUACGGUUUCAAGGGGCAGGAUUGCGAUGUCCCGAUCCAUGCAUGUAUCAGUAACCCAUGUAAACAUGGAGGAACUUGCCGCUUGAAAGAAGGAGAAAAGGAUGGAUUCUGGUGUAUUUGUGCGGAUGGGUUUGAAGGAGAAAAUUGUGAAGUCAAUAUCGAUGACUGUGAAGACAAUGACUGUGAAAAUAAUUCUACAUGCGUCGAUGGAAUUAAUAACUACACAUGCCUUUGCCCACCCGAGUACACAGGUGAGUUGUGUGAGGAGAAGCUGGACUUCUGUGCCCAGGAUCUGAACCCCUGCCAACAUGACUCCAAGUGCAUCCUGACGCCAAAGGGAUUCAAAUGUGACUGUACUCCAGGAUACAUAGGCGAGCAUUGUGACAUUGAUUUUGACGACUGUCAAGAUAACAAGUGUAAAAACGGAGCCCAUUGCACCGAUGCAGUAAAUGGCUAUACCUGCAUCUGCCCCGAAGGUUACAGUGGCUUGUUCUGUGAGUUUGCUCCACCCAUGGUCCUCCCUCGUACCAGCCCCUGUGAUAAUUUCGAUUGUCAGAACGGAGCUCAGUGCAUUAUCAGGAUAAAUGAGCCAAUAUGCCAGUGUUUACCCGGCUACCAGGGAGAGAAGUGUGAAAAAUUGGUCAGUGUGAAUUUUGUAAACAAAGAAUCUUACCUUCAAAUCCCUUCAGCCAAAGUUCGACCUCAAACGAACAUCACUCUUCAGAUUGCCACAGAUGAAGACAGUGGAAUCCUCCUGUAUAAGGGUGACAAAGACCACAUAGCGGUAGAGCUGUAUCGGGGACGUGUUCGUGCCAGCUAUGACACCGGCUCUCACCCGGCUUCUGCCAUAUACAGUGUGGAGACAAUCAAUGAUGGAAACUUCCAUAUUGUGGAACUGCUUGCCCUGGAUCAGAGUCUCUCCCUCUCCGUGGAUGGAGGGAGCCCCAAAAUCAUCACCAAUUUGUCAAAGCAGUCCACCCUGAAUUUUGACUCCCCACUCUAUGUAGGAGGCAUGCCUGGGAAGAACAAUGUGGCGGCCGCCCUGCGCCAGGCCCCUGGGCAGAACGGCACCAGCUUCCAUGGAUGCAUCCGAAACCUGUACAUCAACAGCGAGCUUCAGGACUUCCGGAAGGUGCCCAUGCAAACAGGCAUCCUGCCUGGCUGUGAGCCAUGCCACAAGAAGGUGUGUGCCCAUGGCAGGUGCCAGCCCAGCAGCCAGUCUGGCUUCACCUGUGAGUGUGAGGAAGGAUGGAUGGGGUCCCUGUGUGACCAGAGGACCAAUGACCCCUGUCUGGGAAACAAGUGUGUCCAUGGUACCUGCCUGCCCAUCAAUGCAUUCUCCUACAGCUGUAAGUGCCUGGAGGGCCACGGAGGCGUCCUGUGCGAUGAAGAGGCAGAUCUGUUUAACCCCUGCCAAGCCAUCAAGUGUAAGCAGGGAAAGUGUAGGCUUUCAGGACUUGGACAGCCCUAUUGUGAAUGCAGCAGUGGUUACACUGGGGACAGCUGUGAUCGGGAAAUCUCUUGUCGAGGGGAACGGGUACGAGAUUAUUACCAAAAGCAGCAGGGUUACGCUGCUUGCCAAACCACCAAGAAGGUGUCCCGAUUGGAAUGCAAAGGUGGGUGUGCUGGCGGGCAGUGCUGUGGACCUCUGAGGAGCAAGAGACGGAAAUACUCUUUUGAAUGCACUGAUGGGUCUUCGUUUGUGGACGAGGUUGAGAAGGUGGUGAAGUGCGGCUGUACGAGAUGUCCCUCCUAGGUGCCUCCCUGGCAGCUUUGGCCCUUGGAAAAUGUUGUAUACUUAUUGACCAUGUUGGACUAAUUAAUGCUUCAUAGUGGAAAUAUUUGAAAUAUAUUGUAAAAUACAGAACAGACUUAUUUUUAUUAUGAGAAUAAAGACUUUUUUUUUUCUGCAUUUGAAGAAAAAAUAAAAAAGAAAUGCUUGAACUAAAGCUUCCCCUACACUGGAGAAGUGUGAAGAAAGAUAUACCUGGAGGCAUUAUUACCGUGAUGGGAACCAUUGUAACUCUGAUUCACCUUUGUAACACGCUGAAGACAAACAGAAGCACAUACCCAAGGACUAGAUGACCUACUGUGCAUGAAUGUGAAAUUGCCCAGAACAUAAAACCCGUGUGUCCUCGUUCACAUCAAUGCAGUUUGCGAGGAUAUACCAUACGUGUGUGUGAGUGAGGAGCUAAGCCAGGAGAAUGGAAAUCCAGAAUCCACAGAUACAACAAAUGGAUGAGGAAUAUUUUGUGCAAAAUAGGAAAAUGCCCUGAAGAUCUGGGUUCCAUUCAUAAGCAGAAAUGUGAGCACUAAAACCGAUUUUACCUUCUUUUUAAAAUGUCAGCAUGUUCACAGAAGAAACACACAGAAGUGUUCAUCUACCAUUUUCCAGUAUUAAUUUUUUUGUAAUAUAAAUGAUAAAGGAGAUGAUAAAGAACCAAUAGAUUAUUGAUAAAUAAAUUAGUAAUAAUAUGAAUUUUUGUUUCUAUGAAUUCUAAACAGCCCUAUACAGUAUUCAGUUUCAAGGAGAAAUAUUUAUUGUAUCAAAGUACAUUGUACUUAACAUUUUAGGCCAUCCUUUUGCUGUUUCUUGAUGGUUUAAUAUAUAUUAAUUUAUAAUUUUCCUGAUAUUUUUGUACAUUUUUUCAAACUUAAAAAAUCAGGAUUUUUUUUUUUUUUUUUUUGGCAAUAGUACUAACAUAAGGUGUUAUCUUGGGAUAAAUCUGUGUUGGUCCAUUUGUUUACCUUCACAUUUGACCACUGUUGUCAUUGACUUACUGCCCUUGUCUAGAACACCUGCAAAAAGUAUGUAAAGUCCAAGGAAAACACAAAUCUAUGAGUAAGAUGGUCACUGUACAGAAAGAAAUGGCCCCUUUCAGCUUGUACUCAUAGAAAAGAAGUGGUAUGUAGCAAUCGACACGAGAAAGUAGACCUUUGACAAAUUAAUAUUUCCUUGAAGUUUUUUGCCCUUUUUGGGGGUGGGGGUCGGGUUUGGAAGAGAAAAGGCUGUAAUGUCAAUACUGUGAUUUUUUUUUUCCUAAACAAUAAAACGCCUUUAUUCCCUUUAUGUUCCCAUGUUAACAUGUUUGCUGCUAAAUUCCAAUGUAGAAUUGAUAAUAAUUUAUAGUGGACUUUGCUCUUCCCCCAUUGAAAUCCCAGGGUACCCUGUAAAGAUGCAGAUGUUUCUUUCCAGCAACUCUUUUUUACAAAGAAAAUUAGAUGUAUGUGUAUAAUUCAGUGUGCUUUGUCUUUAUCCAGAUUAAUACCAGUUACACUACUGAUGUUUGUAAAUUAAAUAGAUAUUUACUUCAUUAA